AGGAACACGCGCGCGAACCGUUUGCGUGAGCGAGCUGCCAGCAGCGCCACCACAACGGCACCACCACGGAACAGAUGAGUGGAAGCCGCGGUAGCGCCAACAGCCCGAACGCGAACGCUUCGUUUUCCGUGACGUCGCGAUCUGCUUGCCAGCUGCUGCUGCUGCUGCUGCUGCUGGUGCUUCGGCCAGUGCCAGAGGAAGAGGCAGCAAGCGACAUUUCGCGAUAGUUCGCCGUGCGCCGGUUCCUAGACCUGGUUCCACCCCCCUUCCCUCGACGACGAACUUUCUCUCCGGUGAAUCUCCGGUGGACGGUGCGAGUGUGCGUCUUCGUCUCUCUAUUGUGCAAAGUGAGGACGAACGGUGAAUGUGGAGAGCGAGUGUGCGUCCAGCGUCGGUGUUUGUAGUGCGAUCGCGUGUCUAGGGAGUAGCUUGGUGCUCCAGGAUACGUGAUUCCGCUUUCCUUCGUGGUGUCAAAUCGCAAGCAGUUCGUGGAAACGCUUGAGGAGCGAUGAAGAUGAACAGACAACACCUGAUUGCAGUGAAUCCAUCGCACGGUGUCACCAUCAGUGCUCGAUAAAAAGUCCUGGGACCAGGCCUUCCGUGCCUGUCUAGGUGUGCGUGUCCUUGCAACUCGUUGUGCUCAGUGUUGGAGGCAGAUCAGAAUCGUCCUAGCUCGAGUGAAGUCAAUCCAAAUCGAUCUCCCUGAUUGUGUACACGAGCGCUUGUUAGUGUGCAGUUCGUGUGUAUGUGUGAAUUAGUGUCACUUUGGUGAAAGGAUUCGCAUUGAUUUUGUAGAACCAUCGGAUGCACAGGACCUAUCCACAGGGAUCCCCAUGCACCCACUUCCUGCUGGCAGAAACGAAUCAAAGCAUUUAAAGAGCAAGAGCACGCGACCAGCUGGCACGAAAGCCUCACUGGCGGCGGCAACGAACGGAGUAACAAAGUUUCGUGGAAAACAGUUUCCCCUCCCCCGUACGAGCUCCCAUGUGUUGGUUGCGUGGCGAUGGAUGCGACUAGAAUGGCCGGCAAAGUGAACAGUGACAGUGCUCCCAUGCUCGGGAACAUAGGCCAAGCGAAUCCACUGCGUCACCCACAGCAUCAGCAUCUGCCACCGCAGCCACCGCCGCCAUCACAGUCACAGCCACAGCAUCAUCAUCACCAGCACUCACAUCAUCAUCCGACGGACGGGUUGACGGAGGUGUCCGUGGUGGACAUUAACGCAUCGUUGGCCGCUUCGGCCCCUCUCAUAUCGCACGGCGUCACUCCCUCCCCGACCCUUCUUCCGUCCAGUGGCCCGCACCUUGGGAGUAGUAGCGGCGUAGGCGCGGUCAGUUCGGCCACCAACCAGCAUCACCACCACCAGCACCACCAGCACCAUUAUCCAGCGCCGACGCCGGUGCCCGGCUUCUGCAACAUCCUGAACGUCUCGAACAGCACCGACCUGCAGGCGGUGGCCUACAACUCGCUCACGCAGAACGUGCGCUGCAAAUCCCCACCGACGCUGGUCGAUAAUCUUAAGAACGGCACCAUCGGAAACUCCCAGAGUGCUCUCUGCAACGGGGCCAUCAUGACAAAUGGGCAAACGAAGGACUCGAACCUGGCCCACGGACUGGUACGGAAGGUGCUCAACAGUAGCGAUGGCAAUGGACAGAAGAAACCGAUGGUUUCGCUCACGCAUUUACCCAGAAGACCACCGAUCGACAUCCAGUUCAUCGACAUGGCGUACUCGGUGUCCGAGGGCCACAAGCGUGGCUACAAAACCAUUCUCAAGGGCAUCAAUGGGAAGUUCCGGUCCGGGGAGCUGACCGCCAUCAUGGGACCGUCCGGUGCUGGCAAAAGCACACUCAUGAACAUUCUCGCCGGUUACAAAACAUCACACCUCAGCGGUUCGGUACUGAUCAACGGCAAGGAUCGGAACCUGCGCAAGUUCCGCAAACUGUCCUGCUACAUCAUGCAGGACGACCGGUUACUGCCGUACCUGACGGUGCGCGAAGCGAUGAUGGUAUCGGCCAACCUGAAGCUGGGCAAAGACAUCUCGGUAUCGGCGAAGCGAGCCGUGGUGGAGGAGAUCAUCGAGACGCUCGGCCUGUCGGAUGCGGCCACCACACUGACGCUCAAUCUGUCCGGUGGCCAACGGAAACGGCUCUCGAUUGCGCUCGAGCUGGUCAACAAUCCGCCGGUGAUGUUCUUCGACGAACCGACCAGUGGCCUGGACAGUUCCACCUGUUCGCAGCUGAUCUCGUUGCUCAAAUCGUUGGCCCGCGGUGGCCGGACGAUCGUCUGCACCAUCCAUCAACCGUCGGCCCGUAUCUUCGAGCUGUUCGACAAUCUGUACGUGCUGGCUGAGGGCCAAUGCAUCUACCAGGGCCGCGUGAACGGGCUCGUCACCUUUCUCGCCUCGCUGGGCCUCGAGUGUCCCAGUUACCACAAUCCCGCCAAUUACGUGAUGGAAGUUGCCUGUGGUGAGCAUGGCGACUGGAACAGCAAACUAGUGACGGCA